AGCUAAUCAUAAAUUAAUUAAUUGACUGUUGUCAACUCAUCAUCACAGGCCUUUGCGUCUAUUGCAGACGAUUUAAGCAUUGCUGUUUAGACAACGGGUUUCGUGACUGUGGUGGUGAUUGUGUUGUCAACUAAAAAACUUAUUUUACAAUGGCUUUCAAAUACAUCACAUUCUGCGCUGCAGUAUAUUUCACUCAGUCUGUAGCCGGACAAAGUAUCUACACACCUAACUCCGAAUGUCGCUCUAUCACGAUAUCCGAUAAUGGUGGCCCUCUGGCGAUUACUAGCAUCGGCCCCAUCGCGCCCUCUGGCAUCGCCGUUGCCACGGACUUAGGCCUCGCUGGGGACCUGGACCUGUCCGGCGCGCUGCCGUACCUGAGUGCGGUGGCGUUCGAAGGCCAGUUCAACACUAACGGCACAGCGCCAGUGUCGUACGGCUGCGGGGACUGCGUGGCCAUCACGCAGGAGGUCGGGAACCCGAGUGGCGUGAACGCUGGCCUCUCGUCUGGCUAUAGCUCUGGUACUAUCAACAGCUGUGGUAGACGUUCUUAAGAUAAAAUCCCAGUUUAAUUUAUUAAUAAAGAAUUAGAAUUAUA